AUGGCUGAAGAGAUAAUUACACUUAUCGGAGUUUUCCACCCAAUUCAAAUGGAUGUCAACGUAAACGUUGACUCAAUCGAGCACGUCGUAAGCGAAGGAGCCAGCGUAAUUUUUAUUCAGCUUGCUUGCUACCUACCUAAUCUUCGACAAUUCCUCAAACCUAUAGUCGAAGGUAAAAAAUUCGCCGAUAUUCAAUCUAUCUUUAAAGCUCUCGAUAAUCCAGAAUUCUGACACAACGUUCGACAGGUAACAAAGACUUAGCUCGCAAAUGGCUUCGAAACUGAGCUGAACAUCAAGCUCAUUAAAGCUGCUCUUUACUUGUACAGCAGAAACAAAAUAACGUAAAGAAUAUAUAGAGUUCCACUAAUGAAGAUAUAUUAUAACGCGUAUGUACUUUUAGAUUUCGAAUCAAUGAGAAAUGGAGCAAAGCAAGACCCAGUUUUGCUGCAACGGUCCUUUAUAUUAGUUAACAGAUUUUUACCUUUGAAAUUGAUAUCAUUGUGACUGGAACAUAAUACUCCUUAUUUCAAGCGUGUUGGGAUAUUAGCACCUCAUGAAUAUUUAUUUUUAGCUGUGAAUACUUAUGAUAGAACUAAACUUAUAGAAGAAAGGCUAUUUUCACAGCCAACAUUAAUCAUUACAAAAGAUUCGAACACAAAGACGUUUCAUUUGUCGGAAACAGCAGCAGCUAAUCCUGAUCUUGAUAAAAGGUUGGAAAAAAUAAUGAACAGCCAUAUAAAUGCUUCAAAUGUAUUUUUUGAGCCUGAAGAAGCUAUUGAUGAGCCUCCACCGAUAAAGCUUCGCAAGUUCUCUAGAAAAUCCCGAAGAACUACUCAAAAUGCCCAAAUGAACGAGUUUAGGACACUUCUCCGAGACCCUAGCCUUUAUGACCAAAUAAAGCAAACAUUAUUCCAAUCAACAGGGAUUGUAAAUAAAUCUAAAACAAAUGAAAAAUUUUCCUAUCAAAGAAUGAGGGCUACCUGUGGAAUUUUGAACAGUUCAAGACCUCACACCGCUGGAGUUAGGACGAGCUCAGAAAAAAAUAUCAAAAACAAAAGAACCCUGACUGAUUUUCAGCUGCCUUUUGACGAGCUUAACAAAGCCAAUGAGCCUCAUCACAGAUAUAUAGUAAGCUUCAGAGAAACUGAAAGGCCUGACUCCUCUAUAAAUUUGACAAAAAAUAACUCCGAUGUCCAAGUUCGGCCUUUUUCAGCAGCAACUACAACAACUUAUAAAGGGACUAGCAGAGGUGCUUCUUCUCGCCCUAUGACUGGAAAAAGCUCAAGACCUUUUACUGCGAAUUCAAUGGUAAGCACAGCUGUAUCUUUAAGGAUGAAAGAAGAGCCUUACCAUGUAUGUACGCUGAGAGAAGCCAUGAUGACUGAAGGGCCAAAUCAAAAAAGUGAGCCAAAGAAAAUGAAAGUAAAAAAGAUUAAGAGGUGGAGGUAUUAA